CGGGAGUCGGUUCCCGGGCAUAGGGAUCCCUUGGGAUUUAGGGCCAGCCUCGAGGUGCCCCGCUCAGAGGAAUGGAACCUGCCUUCGGGGAAGUGAACCAGCUCGGGGGGGUGUUUGUCAACGGGAGACCCCUGCCCAAUGCCAUCAGGCUGCGGAUUGUGGAACUGGCGCAACUGGGUAUCAGGCCGUGUGACAUCAGCCGGCAGCUCCGCGUUUCCCACGGCUGUGUCAGCAAAAUCCUGGCUCGCUACAACGAGACCGGCUCCAUCCUACCGGGGGCUAUCGGCGGCAGCAAGCCUCGGGUCACCACUCCCACCGUGGUGAAACAUAUCCGGACCUACAAACAAAGGGAUCCGGGCAUCUUCGCCUGGGAGAUCCGGGAUCGCCUGCUGGCCGAUGGCGUGUGUGACAAGUACAACGUGCCGUCGGUCAGCUCCAUCAGCCGCAUCCUCCGGAACAAAAUCGGGAACCUGUCUCAGCAGAGUCACUACGAGUCUUACAAGCAGCACCAGCCGCCCCCACAGCCUGCUCUGCCCUACAACCACAUCUACCCCUACCCCAGCCCCAUCGCUGCUGCAGGAGCCAAGGUGUCCACCCCUCCCGGGGUGCCGGCGAUCCCCAGCACCAUGGCCAUGCCCAGGACGUGGCCGUCCUCUCACUCGGUGACGGACAUCCUGGGGAUCCGGUCCAUCACAGACCAAGUGAACGACACUUCGCCUUACCCCAGCCCCAAGGUGGAGGAAUGGAGCAGCUUGGGCCGGAACAGCUUCCACCCGCCGGCCCAGCAUGCUGUGAACGGGUUGGAGAAGAGCUCCCUUGAGCAGGAGGCCAAGUACAGCCAGGCACCCAACGGCCUCCCAGCUGUCAGCAGUUUCGUGUCCGCACCAGCCAUGCCUCCCUACGCCACACCAGCCCAAGUGUCACCUUACAUGACGUACAGCGCCACUCCAUCCAGCUACAUGGCGAGCCACGGCUGGCAGCACGCCGGGGGCACCCCGCUGUCCCCUCACAGCUGCGACAUCCCCGCCUCGCUGGCGUUCAAGGGCAUGCAGACAGCCAGGGAGGGCAGCCACUCCGUCACCGCCUCCGCUCUCUGA